GAAGCAGAGGAGGCUGAACACGGAGCGAGGCUUAUGGCUAACAAAAUUAAAAACGAAUAAAUAAAUGAACUCAAAACCGCCCUGAAUCAGGAGGGCUGUUUGCACAACCCAAGUAUGUGUGCUGCAUCCUAAUCUUUCCAAGACACAUCCAUCGGGAAGGGUGGGGAGAACGGCCAUAACGGAGAGAAGUUUGGAAACUAGGGGAUUUUUCUCCCUCUCUCCCCCUCUCUUAAAAAAAAAGGGACUAUCCGUUUUGUCGAGCAUGCACCCCUUGCAAUAAAUUUGACUCAGCACCAAGACGACGACGACGGCUCUGCAGUCCUCAGAUGGAGUGCUGAUCAGGUGGUUGCCGAGCCCCUGGAAAAGGCAGUACGAUGCAGCUGAGGAGGGAAAGCACAGCCCACAGACAAAUUGUGGCUCCCCUCGAGAGCAAGCCGACCUUUGCAUUUCCAUCUUUCCGGGAAAGGAUGCACUAGGGGUUGCGGCUGGGACGGGGGCAACCAUGGAAGUCCAGAUCUUUAAGGCGUCCCCCUGUGUAUUGGCCGUCCUCGUCUUCAUACCGGCGGUGCAAAGCAUCUGCCCUUCGGCAUGUUCAUGCUCAGGAAAUGACAGAAACGUGGACUGUUCCAGCAGAAACCUGAGCGAGCUGCCCCAGGGACUCCAGGAGAACAUCACCUCUUUGAACCUGUCCUAUAACCACUUGGUGGACCUCGACCACCAGCUGACGCGGUUUGCCAAUCUGAGGACCCUGGACCUUUCCCACAAUUGGCUCUCGAGCCUGCCGGCUCAGCUGCCCAGGUCGCUGUGGGAAAUAUACGCUUCGCACAACAACAUCAAGAUCCUCCAGAAGCUCGACACGGCUUACCAGUGGAACCUCAAAGUCCUCGACGUCUCCGACAACAUGGUGGAAAGGGCCGUGCUCAUUAACAACACGAUGAGCAGCCUUAAGGUCCUCAACCUCAGCAGCAACAAGCUGUGGACGGUCCCCACCAACAUUCCUCACAACACGGAGACGGUGGAUCUGUCCCACAACUUCUUGACACAAAUCCUUCCCGGCACGCUGGCGAGGCUCACACACCUUUCCAAGCUUUACCUGCACAACAACAAAUUUGCCUAUAUCCCGGACGGAGCUUUCGACCAGCUCGUCCGACUGCAACUCAUCACACUCUACAACAACCCCUGGGUGUGCACAGACGACAGCGAGCAGGCCCUUUCCUAUCUGGAGGAAUGGGUGAGAGAAACGAAGGCUGUGGUCCUCGGGCGGCCGUGCUCAGACGAGGCUGUCACGUCUUGGAAGGACGCCACCCUGGACUCGGCUGCUCCCACAGCUGCAGAGGAGAGCCAUCUCUUUGUGAAAGCCAUGAAGGCCGCCCGCACAGCUGAGCCCCCGGGAACGACAGAACCACCCGACCUCGUCCAUCAACAGUUCAGAACGAAAGACGUCCGUCCGGGUGGCAACGUUGGACAAACGGUAGCGUUCACAAGCACGGACAGGCCGCUGGCCGUCUACCCGGAAGAGCUGAGCACAGAGAAAGUCAGCUUGUACGAAGCGGCCGCAGCUCCGCACACCAUUUACAUGCAAGAUACAACCUCCGGGAAACCGAGCACAAGAGGCCUGGCGAGAUCACCCACCACUCCCUUGACCUUGAGCAUCACCAGUGGGGUGCCUACAAACUAUUCAAAGCGACCUCAAAGCACAACCACGGUAAAGAAGGAGGAAUCCACCACAAAAAUUAACCCCCGCGCACCCUCCAAAGGCAACAUUGCCAAGGGCGAUUUGUACCUCACUGCCACGCUUGCCUCGGUGGCCCUAGCAACGGGCUACGGAUUUGUGCUUAAAUGAAUGAAUUUGCUUCGUUAUUCCGUAUUAAUAAAACUGGUUGGAAGGAAAAGAAAUGCUUGUGCUCCAUGAUUUAAACGCAAGAAGAAAAUGCCCAUCUUUUGAUUCCGAAAUAUGAUCAUAAAGAAUGUUAACGUCUCUUAAGUGAACAGACUGCACAAAAUUAUGUCUUGAUAACCAAGCUGCUACUUAUUCUAACGAUGUCUUACUGAGUUCUGAG